UAACGGAGGACUCUCAACCGAAGGAACAACGAGAGGGGUAAAUUUGCGUAAAUGGCUACAAAAGUUUUCUAAUUUAACGGAAGGAAAUAUUGUUAAAGACUAUCCCGUACCUGAAGAAAUAACAAAAAAUUUUGAUUCAAAUGAUUUAAAUGAAUUUACGCAUAUGAGGUAUACAGCCUGCACAAGCAAGCCAGAUGAUUUUAUGAGUAAUUCGUUUACACUUCGUCAAGCUGAAUUUCGAAGAGAAACAGAAUUAUUUAUUGCGGUAACUAUGUAUAAUGAAGAUGAAAAUCAAUUGAAUCAAACUUUUAACGGGAUCGUGGAAAAUAUUAAUUCUCUUUGUUCUCAAGAAAACAAUAUUUGGGGAUGGAAAAAGGUCGUUGUAUGCAUAAUUUCCGAUGGUCGUAAAAAGAUUAAUAAAAGCUCUUUAAAUUAUUUGUCCAAAAUUGGUGUUUAUCGAGAAGGAACUGCCGAAAGUAUAAUUGAUCGCAAAGUUGAAGCUCAUAUUUUUGAAUAUACAGCUCGGGUUCGAUUUAAAAACGUUAAUAAUGUUCCAACCCCAGUGUUCGAUAACGACAAUAUCCCAAUUCAAGUACUCUUUUGUCUUAAAGAAAAGAACGCAAGAAAAAUCAAUUCUCAUCGUUGGAUAUUUAACGCAUUUAGCCCAGUACUUGACCCUAAAAUAUGCAUUCUUAUUGACGUUGGUACCAAACCAGGAACAAAUUCUAUUUAUAAUUUGUGGGAAACAUUCAAUUCACAUCCAAAAGUCGCUGGUGCCUGUGGUGAAAUAGUUGUCAUGAAAGGUCGUGCUUGGCACAAGUUGAUAAAACCAAUUGUGAGUGCUCAGUAUUUUGAAUAUAAAAUAUCCAAUAUUCUAGAUAAACCGCUCGAACAUGUCCUUGGAUACAUUACUGUUUUACCUGGUGCCUUUUCUGCAUAUCGAUAUGCAUCUCUUAAGAAUACUAAGGAUGCUAAUAAUAAUGAUGAAGGUCCUCUGGUUUCUUAUUUCAAAGGUGAAAAAUAUCAAAUAGACGAUAUCGUGCCAAACACUGACAAUCCAUCUUGUUUCUUUAGAAGAACAUAUAGUCGCAUUAAAUGCGCCUAUAGGUGCAUCAAAUGUAUCUUUGCUGCUAAUAUGUAUCUUGCUGAAGAUCGUAUUCUUUGUUUUGAAUUGUUUACAAAGCGUGAUCAAGAUUGGUUAUUAUAUUAUAAUAAAUCUUCUUGGGCUGAAACUGAUGUACCUGAAGGAAUAUCCGAAUUCGUUUCACAGCGUAGACGCUGGCUAAACGGAUCUUUCUUUGCCA